CAGUUCUCGGUGCCGGUCAAAGUGUCAUUCUCCUGGCCACUAGCCUGACGGACUGACGGAAGGAAGAUGGAAACGAAUACGAAGACGAUCGCGGAGCUUCGCGACAAGUUUUUCAAAAAAUUGGACGACGAGGGACCACCCGAUCCUAAGGGUUUUCAUCCUGCUGAUAUAGCCAGAAUAAAAAAUAAUGAUGAUUGGCUAAAACGAUUUUUAGAAGUUACUGAGUUCAAUGAACAGGAAGCUUUCAAUAUGCUUUGGGAUACUUGUACUUGGAGAAGAAAAUUUGGAGUAAAUGAUAUUACAGAAGAUAAUGUGAAAAGAGAGUAUUUAGAGGAAGGAUCAUGCUAUGGCUAUGGUAAAGAUAAAGAUGGCAAGAAACUUCUUGUAAUUAAGUUAAAAUUGCAUGUUAAAGGAGUAAAAGACUUCACAGAACUUCAGAGAUGUAUAGUUUACUGGUUUGAAAGAUUAGAAAGAGAAGUAGAUCAGGUAUCACUUUUCUUUGAUAUGGCAGAGGCUGGACUUUCCAAUAUGGAUAUGGAGCUUAUUAAAUAUCUCAUUAAUUUAUUCAAAUCUUAUUAUCCGAAUUUUCUGAAUUAUAUCAUAAUUUUCGAAAUGCCCUGGAUUUUAAAUACAGCUUUUAAAAUAAUAAAAUCAUGGUUACCUGCUAAAGCUAUUCCAAAAAUCAAACUUGUUAACAAGACAACAUUAAAAGAGUUUGUUGAUCCAAAUGAUGCAUUAAAAUCUUGGGGAGGUAACAGUGAUUAUGUAUUCAAAUUUGUACCAGAAGUACGAACAAAUGAAGAUGGUGUAUUGAAUGGCAAACUGGAUAAUAAAAAGGUGCAUUUUGCGGAAAGUUCACCACUUUCAGAACAAAGUCCAUCGAAUAUUGGAGAGCAGACUAAUGAAGAACAAUUAUUAUCCAUAGAACCCGUAGAAGCAAUUACUUUUAAUAAAGAUGGAAAUGACAUUACAGGAAAAAUUACUCUUAAAAAUAUUACAACUGAUAAAUCAUUAUCUUAUAAGAUAAAAACAACAUCCCCUGAAAAAUUUAGAGUAAAGCCAAGUUCUGGAAUCUUGCAACCAUCUGAACAAAGGAAUGUUAUGGUUGUAUUACAACCUGGCUAUAAUAUACGUGGUUUAUUACAUAAUGAUCGAUUUUUAGUCAUGUGCCUUUCAUUAAAAAAUGCAAAUGCAACACCACAGGAACUAACUGCGCUCUGGAAGUCUGAAAAAGCAUCAGAAAUGCAUAGAUUACGAUGCUGCGAUGGUAACAGUGAAAAUAAUGAGGUCCAAAAAUCUCAUUCUAUAUUAACCUCUACAGGAAAUGAUUGUAAUAUUGAUGUAUUUUUCUCUAAGAUAAAUCUUCUAGAAGAAAAUUGUGGCAAAUUACGCAGUGAGAUUGUAACUAUAAGAUACAUGCUUUUAAUUUAUAUGAUAUUGACAAUCUUAGUUGCAAUAUUGUUGAUCUAUAUUCUGAGAACAGAUAUUAAAAAUUCGAUGGAUCAACAAAACUGCCACAUUCAUGGUAAUUAAAAAAAAAAACAAAAUAUAUAUUUAUAAUUACUUUAAUAUAUGUGAGGAAAAAAUGUUAACAAAUGUUUCUAUUCUAAUUCUAAUAUAUGAAUACAUAAAAAUUAAUCAUUAACAGUUAAUAUAUUUGUUUUUUUUUGCUCUAUUCUAUAAAAAUCUAUAAAAAUAGUUACAUGUUUCUAUAGACAUUAAUUUUAUAAUUCUUUAUGUAACAUUUGGUAUAUAUGUAUGUUAUUUUCAUUUAAUAAGUUAUCACCAUUGUGGUAACUUUUUGUGGUUACCAUUGUGUUCUGUAACACAAUGCAUAAAGAGUAUGCGUAACUAGUAUAUCUAUUCAUAAUCUUUAUAAUAUUGUAAAGCUAUAUUAUGAAACUACACUAUUUUUGUAAGCUUUUAUACAUACUCUAUAAACUAUCCUCUGAUAAUUAUGUAUUAAACUUAAAAGUAAA